CGUCGUCGUCGAAGACGUGUUCUUGCUCAUUAUCAACGAAUAGGAAUUGACUGUAUAUGCGCAUCUACUUGCAAAACGAUACAACCUAGCAUCAUGAAGUUGUCCGCCGCCGUCGCCUCUCUCGCCGGCGCAAGCUCUGCCCUCGCCACCGCCUUCGAGCUCAUGGCGCUGCGACCUGACAGCCCAAUCCACCUCGCCCCCUUCAGCGCUGCACAGAGCAACCUCUUCCUACAUCUGCCACACCAGAACGCCAGCUGCGAAGGCGAACACCCCAACCGCGCAACUUUCCACAUAAAGCACGGCAGCCUGUUCUUGUACUCUAAGGACGGUGAGACCCAGGAGAUCUUUGUCGACCGCUCUGGCAUGGGCCAAGGCAAGAUGGGCUACCUCACGAACAGUCCCUACGUUCCUCCGCAUUUCGAGCUCGAAAAUUGGCAGAUUGACAGUACCGGCGACCUGAGCUUUAAUGGGAGGACCCUGAUUGCUUGUCCCCAUUCAAUCGAUCGGGCAUGGAGCCUCUGGGUUGAUACUAGCAAUCCAACGCCUGGCGGAAACAAGGGAUGCUUACCCAUAAUAACCCGCGCAAUCCCUGUCAAUGAUCCUAUUAGAUGUGAUUACAGUCAUUGAUCCAUUAAUAGGGAGGACUCUUGCCUACAUCGCUAGGGAUUAGUGACUCAGACUGUAGGCUGGGUGCACAAUCGGAUAUUUCCUAGAAAGAGGAGA